GCCUCAGAGUCCCCCCAGACAAGGAGGGCCAAUGACCCCUUCAGGCUGAUGAAGGAUCUCUUUGUGGAGGUCCAGCAUGCCCUGAAGAAUGCUGACAUCUCUGUCGUCUUUGGCCUGGAGGAGAGCAUCCAAUUCAGCGGGGAGGAUGCGGUGAAGGCCAUCGUGAAGACUGCGGCUAAAAGAUUGUCCCUGCGUUCGGACUCCAACCGGGCUCAACUGCGUGCCGCACGCUCUGGUAGCGAGGGAGCCAUCGGGUGCAUGGCGGACACCAUCACACAAGUCAUAGAUGACUAUUCCGAGAACUGGAGUUCCGACGGCCAUUUUGGAGCCAGGAGGAGCCGUGCUAGUGGGAGAUCACACUCCUCAACCUCCUCAAGGAGUGACGUCACCCUCACCGAGGAGCUCCUGGCUUGGAGGGAAACCCUAGAAGAGGACCUAGAGGAGAUGGCUGAUGACAGCACUGGUUUGGAAAAGACCAGUGUAAGCUCAGCCAUCUCUGAGAAGUCCCAGGUAAUUAGAUACCUUUCUGAAAGCACCAAGCCCAUCAGCAGCGCCCUCUCCACAGACCUCAAGGACAUCACCUCCACACAGAAAGAGAAGGAAGAGGCUAUGAAGAAAGAAGUGAGGAAGUCAGGAAAGAAGAAGCGAGGAAAUAACAAGGACCAGAAGAAGAACAAGGUGUCUCCUCUUGGCAAUGAUAGUAAGUCCUCAUUUCUGUCAGUCAGCAUGUACAUCUGUCUUCAGCACACUAUUGUAAUGUAA